AUGGGAUUUCACACCAUCAGUUCAAGUGGAGGAAGAAGAUGUACAAGGACAGACAGAUUCAAGUAUGACAACACAGGAGAACUAGAGGGAGAUAAAACUGGCCACUGUCUACUGCCUGGAACCUCUCAGCUACCCACAGAAGCCAGCAUGUCUUGGGUCCUGCUUUCUGUCCUGUGGCUCAUCAUUCAAACCCAAGUGACAGAUACAAAGUCUACCCUCGAGUUAAAACCUCAUGAAAUAGUUCAUCCUAAAAAACUACCCAUCUCCCACAGAAGAGGAACUGAGAACAACCAGACAGAGAGAUAUGGCAAAGAGGAAAGAUAUGAGCCCGAAGUUCAAUAUCAGAUCAUACUAAAUGGAGAAGAAAUUAUCUUUCACCUAAGGAGAAGCAAGCAUCUUCUGGGGCCAGACUACACUGAAACAUCUGACUCACCCAAAGGAGAAGCAACCAGACGUUCUCAGGAUGUGAAACCCUGCUACUAUGAAGGCCACAUCCUGAAUGCAAGAGAAUCUCUUGCCAGUAUAAGUACAUGUGAUGGGUUGAGAGGGUACUUCACACAUCAUGAUCAAAGAUAUCAUAUAAAGCCUCUCCAAAGCACAGAUGAAGGAGAACAUGCUGUCCUUCCAUACAGCCAAGGGGAACCAGACAUAGCUAAUAACAACCUUGGUGACAAGCAUGCCAGCAGGAAACGAAGCCAUCUUCGAAUUUCCAGGUCACUGAAAAGUCCAAAUAAAGUCUUCCAAGGACAGAAAUUCGUUAAUCUCUUCUUGGUGCUGGAUAAUGCCUUUUAUAAGAUGUAUAAUGGGAAUGUGACUCGGAUAAAAAGCUUUGUGUUUGAAGUGAUGGAUCUGCUCAAUGUGAUUUAUAAAACCAUAGAUAUUCAAGUGUCUUUGGUGGAUAUGGAAAUCUGGUCUGACAGUGAUAAGAUAAAGGUGGAACCCAGGAUUGGUACCACGUUCCAAAACUUUGUGACAUGGCAUCACUCUAACCUGAGAAAAAGGAAGAUUCAUAACCAUGCCCAGCUUCUCAGUGGAUCUGACUUCCUCCAUGGGCGUGUAGGAAUGGCAGCUUCGAAUUCCUUGUGUACUUCAUCUUCAGUGUCUGUUAUUGAGGCUAAAAGAAAGAACAAUGUGUCUCUUGUAGCAGUGAUGUCUCAUGAGUUGGGCCAUGCCCUUGGUAUGAAGGAUGUUAUAUAUAGUACUAAGUGUCCCUCUGGCAGCUGUGUGAUGAAUCAGUACCUGAGUUCAAAAUUCCCCAAGGAUUUCAGUACUGCCAGUCGCUCACUCUUUCAAGGAUUCUUUUCAUCUAGAAAUGCCAGGUGUAUGCUGUUGGCCCCUAGUCCUAAAAACAUAAUAAAGCCAACAUGUGGGAACCAAGUUCUGGAAACGGGGGAAGGAUGUGACUGUGGCUCUCCUGAGGAAUGUACCAAUCUCUGCUGUGAGCCCCUGACAUGUAGGCUGAAAUCCCAACCUGACUGCCAAGAAGAAGCAUCUAACCAUAUCAUGUGA